AUGGAUGGCCCCAUGAGCUCCUUGAAGAUGAGGCAUGAAGGCACCCAUGCCCAUGGUGACGUCAUUAUUGUGAUCGAGACUAGAGCAUCUAUGGAGACCAGGCGACCUUCACUGUUGGCAGUGCCAAGAGAAGGAAAUGGGAGAAUAAGCAAUGGUGGCCUCCCUAUGGGUGACGCCACUAGUGGCCUCUUCUUGGGCGCUGGCCUCCCUUGGGUGAUGCAAGUGCUGGGCCCCUUUAGGCGCUGCCCUCCCUUCGGCGACGCUAGUGCUGGUCUCCCCUUCGACGAUGCCUGUUGGUCUCCCCUAUAUUGUGCAGAAUUGGCUAAUGGACUGGUUGGGUGUCGGUUGGCACGGGCGAUGGGCACUGGUCGUCGACUGGAGUAUUAG